AUGGGUGGUGUAGCGAAAUUAUUCGAUGGUCAUGUUUUGAAUAAAUCAAACGAAUCGGUCGAUCUUAAUGAUGCAAAAUAUAAAGACAUGGUUAUUGGACUUUAUUUUAGUGCUCACUGGUGUUGUCCAUGCCGUGAUUUUACUCCAAAGUUAAUCGAAUUUUAUAAAUCAUAUGGAAAAGAAAAAAAAUUUGAAAUAAUAUUCAUAAGUUCUGAUGAUGAUGAUGAGUCAUUUAACAGAUAUUAUGAAGAGAUGCCAUGGUUGACAUUAGCUUUUAAAGCAGCUGAUAAAAAAGAAGAAAUAAAAGAGAAAUUUAAAGCUUUCUCAAUCCCAAGAUUAAUUUUAUUAGAUGGAAACUCUGGUGAUACAGUAUGCUCUGAUGCCAGAUAUCAGAUUGAAAGACAUGAUACGAAAGGAGAAAAAUUUCCAUGGAAAUCAUCAUAA